UGCUGUGACUGGCUGCUGACCGGCAACCCUGCUCAACUUUUUUUAACAUUUUUAAGGCAGGCGUCAGUCGCCUGGGGCCUAACGGGUUAAUUCCACCCCUCGAAAUUCCAAUCAGCUUCAAAAAUGCUGGAAUUGUGUUUGGUCAGAUGCUCCAGAGUUCCGAAAGGACUCGCAGGGCAAUUCCGAGCAUUCACCGUCGCUGUCGAUCAACAAGAAAGCAUCGAAGUUUGCGGCAGAAAGUUUGCGCGCGACCAAUGGACCAACGCCACCCCGAAAAUUCUGUCGCACGUCGGUCGCAACCUCCACCUGCAGGAGAAGCACCCUCUUGGCCUGCUGAAGACUAGAAUCGUGAACCACUUUUACUCGCAGUACAUUAGCCGCACGGGGAAUCCAAUUUUCUCCGUUUUUGAUCGGCUAAGUCCAGUUGUAACUGUGGAACAGAAUUUCGACAGCCUUCUGGUGCCGAAGGACCACAUCAGUCGGUCGAAGAGCGACUGCUACUACCUGGACGCGGGACACUUGCUCAGGGGACACACGACUGCUCACCAGGCCGACCUCAUCAAAUCGGGACUUGAUGCUUACCUGACUGUCGGAGACGUUUAUCGAAGGGACGAGAUCGACUCCAGCCACUACCCUGUUUUCCACCAGUUGGACGCAGCCAGACUUUACUCAAAACAUGAAAUUUACAAGCAAGAAGAUCUGAGAGGAAUUCGCUUGUUUGAAAACGGAGAGGAAACACCAGAAAAGCAGGAUGUGCACACUUUGGACACAGCCCUAUUCUUACAAAAUGACCUCAAAGUUUGCCUCGAAAGACUGGCCAGAAAUUUAUUUGGCGAAGAGGUUGAUAUGCGGUGGGUCGAUUCCUUUUUUCCCUUCACACAUCCUUCCUUUGAGCUGGAAGUUCACCACAACGGGAAGUGGAUAGAGCUCUUGGGUUGCGGAGUGACAAAACAGGAAAUUUUGGCCAACUGUGGAAUCACCGACAAAGUUGGGUGGGCUUUUGGUUUGGGGCUCGAGCGUCUGGCCAUGUGCCUUUAUCAAAUUCCAGACAUCCGACUGUUUUGGAGCAAAGACUCUGGCUUUGUGAACCAGUUUCGAAACGCUACUCCUACCUCAAAAGUUAUUUAUAAAACAGUAAGCGUGUACCCUCAGUGUACAAACGAUGUGAGCUUUUGGCUCCCAGAGGAGACUGAAUUUUCACCUAAUGACUUCUACGACCUCGUAAGAGAUGUUGGAGGUGAUAUUAUUGAGCAGGUGACCCUGGUCGAUGAAUUCACAAACCCUAAGACGAAGAGAACAAGCCAUUGUUACAGGAUCAUCUACAGACACAUGGAGAAGACCCUGACAAAGACUGAGGUUAACGAGAUUCACGAGGAAAUCAAGAGUUUAGCCACCCAGAAUUUGGGAAUCACACUACGUUAAAAGUUUGAGGACUUACGGUAAUGUUCUGCUGAAGUGAAGAACGUCAAGCCCAAUAAAGCAACAUUUUCGAUGAAGUUUAGUAAACAAGUAAGCCCGGCCAGCCAGAGGAUAUCUCCGUGCAGCACUUUCCAGAAGUACUCUACAUACAUCCAUACGACAAGGAACCUGGUGGGCGCGUGAAGUGCGAUAAAAAACAUCCAGACAUAUUUUUGUGGACUUUCAUUGCCAAUAGCGGCAGAUAUGGAUGGUAGCCAAUUUGAAACCUAUGCAAAUAAAUAAAAAUAUUAUUAGAUUUUUAAUCGAGCAA